UGGCUCGUGCGUGGCUCGUGCGUGGCCGCUUGCAUGAAAACCCUGCACGAGGGUCCCGGUGCAACGCACCAAUCCCCUCCUUCUACUCGUCACUUCUAGAUAGUCAAAUCAACCUUCGCUACACUGCAGCCCUGCCUCUUUUGUGAGGGUGAUCCCUAACAGACGCACAGGUUGAGCGGCCGGAUGUAGAGAAGUCCCCAGAACGUGUAGCCAAAAGCGAGCGACAGCGGUCCAGCCUUGGUAAGCACUCCGCCGAUUCCGAUCCCUGCUCGGGAGUGAUUUUUCGUCAGCAAAUCAGAACCACAGAAAGCUCUGACCGGCUACCGGCGCGGCGCCCCAAAUAAGCGGUACCCCAUAUCGCGGGGGAGGCGCGUGGGGGAGUCUCCGGGAAAGGGGUGGUCAGCUUACAGAGUCCCGUUCCAAUCGAGCCGCCGAUGGCCAUGAACUGGACGUGGCGGGGACUCAGGCCGCGCUUGGUCUCGCCGUACUGGGUGACUAUGGCCGCGCCGCCGUCGUUGGAGAUGACGCCGCCGGCCUGGAUGUCGGAGGAGGCACUGCCGCUGGGCGGUGCGGCGCCCAUGGUUGCUGCUGCGACGGAGAUUCGGGGGAGGAGGGUCUGGUCUAGUAUCAGGGACUCUUCUCAGGGUGGAUGAGCCAUACAACUGCGAGUAUCCCGACGACAAUUAUUUCGAUAAAGAUGGCAAGCCACACCGUCAUCUCGGCCGCGAGGGCUGGUCGGUCAAUUCGCGGUCACAAAAAAGGCAUGCGCAAUCUGACCGGCGGCAGCAGCAGCGCCACCGCCAAUGUCUGGAUAUCGGUGCUAGCAGCUGGCAGCACGCGGCCAAAGCGCCAUCGGAGGGCCGGAAACACCUAGAUCGCGCAGGGCUGCACGAGCUGAUGGGCGAGCAGUGGGUUGGCCCCGUGGAGGCGGCCGCAGGUGCCGCGGCAGUGGAGAUGUUGCGCCUGCGCAAGGAGCCCGUGUCGGCAGGGUGGAAGGGUGCGCGGGUGGCGACGGCGGCUCUGUCGGCGGCGGCGGUCGAGACGAUAAUCGAUAAACGCGGAAGCAGUAACAAAUGGCUCGUCGCCAAGGCGGCAGUGGCGGGACUGCUGGUCAACCGCGCUGUCAAUGGAUCGCGGAGGAGCCGAGAUUAUUAAGCCUCGAGUGAAUGGAACCAUAACCACAUUGGCCGAGAGGCUUUCAGGACUUCUGUUAGACGCCUAAACUGUAUCGCUGAAUGGUGACUUCUUUUAGGACCA